AUGAACAGUGCUCCCGUAUUCGGCCGCCUAGAAUCCGUGGAGGAUCAUGACUUGCGUUAUGAAGUUAUAGAGGUCCGAUGCCGUGUCGGGGAAAAAAAUCCUCCUGUUAGCAGAUCACGUAACAAGGGUCUUCCCGUCGCCAACAGGAGCCUCUGCGAUGACUGGCAGUAUCGUCGAAAUUGCUUCCAUCGCAUCAAUAUAGGAUCACGCCGACCCGGGAGCACAACCGGCACCCACGGUGCUUUUGAACUCCACACAAAGCGAUCGACAUGGGCCGGCCUUUGUAAGGAAAGCGCGGAGUCGCCAGCGGUGUUAAAAAUC